AUGAGAUAUGAUUGCUGGAUCGUGAACAUUGUGUGUCACGUCGAGUCGAAGCUUCGGCGUAUUCGGAACACAGAGGCGACGGACAGUGUCUUGAGAGUCAUGGUAGAUCAAUUGGUUGAUCACUUUAAAUUGUUGCUGCUUCUUGACGUCAAACCAGAGUUGUCGGGUCGGAACUUCAACAGUCACUUGGGCGAACAGUCGGAUGACGAACGGUUGACAAACGUUGAUGGAUGCAACUGUCUUCUCCGAAUCAGUUGUCACCCUUCCAAAAAGGUCGGAAUUAUUGACACAAUCAAACCUCCAAAACGAUGGCAGGAUUUACAGAUCUUCGAAACGGAUAUCCCUCGAAAACUGAUUUCUUGA